AAGCUGUCAAAACAACAUGAACGGUCGUUGUUUUUGCACAAGUUAUCUUUAAUUAUUAAUAAAAUAUAAAUAAAUAAAGCAAGAUGCCGAGUGAAAUGAUAACUUUGCAGUUGGGGCAGUGCGGAAACCAAAUUGGUUUUGAGUUCUGGAAACGAUUAUGUUUAGAACACGGCAUAUCUCCUUCAGGUGUUCUGGAAAGUUUUGCCACAGACGGAGUUGACAGAAAAGAUGUAUACUUUUACCAGGCCGAUGAUGACCAUUACAUCCCCAGAGCAGUAUUGCUGGACUUGGAGCCUCGUGUCAUCCAUUCGAUAAUGAAUUCAGAUUAUGCUAAGCUGUACAAUCCUGAAAAUAUAUUUUUGUCCAAAGAUGGAGGCGGAGCUGGUAAUAAUUGGGCGUCUGGUUACCAACAAGGUGAUAAAUUGCAGGAAGAAGUGUUUGAUAUUAUUGAUCGAGAAGCUGAUGGGAGUGAUAGCCUUGAGGGUUUUGUUCUAUGUCACUCCAUUGCUGGUGGCACAGGUUCCGGAAUGGGUUCCUAUAUUCUUGAAAGAUUAUCAGACAGAUUUCCAAAAAAACUUGUGCAGACUUACAGUGUUUUCCCUAAUCAGGAGGAAAUGAGUGAUGUGGUUGUUCAGCCCUACAAUUCCAUGUUGACUUUGAAGCGUCUCACUCUUCUGCUGAUUGUGUUUGUUGUGCUGGACAACACUGCUUUGAAUCGGAUUGCUACUGAUCGAUUGCACAUACAAAAUCCUACGUUUACUCAAAUCAAUACUCUAGUCUCUACAAUUAUGUCAGUCUCUACAACCACUCUAAGAUAUCCUUCCUACAUGAAUAAUGAUCUGAUUGGACUAAUUGCGCCUCUGAUUCCAACACCACGGUUACAUUUCUUAAUGACCGGAUACACACCAUUGUCUACAGAAAAUGAUACUGUAAAUGUUAGAAAAACUACAGUGCUGGAUGUUAUGAGAAGAUUGCUGCAGCCUAAAAACAUGAUGGUUUCUACAAGCCCUGAUAGGUUAUCAUCACAAUGCUAUAUUAGCAUUUUGAAUAUUAUACAGGUGAGGCGCAUGGUAGGAGUCUUAUUAGCAGUCGCACAGCACAGAAUAACUGAACAAGAUGUCAUUACGAUGCUUCAAGUUCCCUCACCAUAUUCCUGGUGUACCAGUGUAAGAUCAAUGCCACCUCAUGGUUUGUACUUAUGUGAUGUUGAGUAUCGUGAUGAAGAUUUGAUGUUACCUCUUGAUUAUAUAGAAAAGCAUCAAAAUUCAAAAGAAAUUUAUGAUACAGCGAACUUGCGGCACAUUAAAUAUUAA